GUCAGACGUCUCAUCAUUCCCAGCAGCCUGAACACACAAAUACACGUGUCAUGGAGCGUAAAUUGGAUUUGUCGCGUCUGACGGACGAAGAGGCCAAACACGUCUGGGAGGUGAUUCAACGAGACUUUAACCUCCGAAAGAAAGAAGAGGAGAGACUCGGUGACUUGAAGACUAAAAUCGAGAAGGAGGACACAAAGCGAGAGCUCCUGGGUCCUCAGAGUCAGCUGUCCGAGUCUCACUGUAUCCGCUGCCUGCAGCCCUUUAAGUUCCUGGUCAACAGUAAACGUCAGUGUCUGGACUGCCGCAUGUUCACCUGCAAGUCCUGCAGCCGCUACAACAAGAAGGAGCACGGCUGGGUGUGUGACAACUGCCGCAUGACCAGGGUGCUGAAGAUCGGCACUGUCGGUUGGUACCAUGACAACGUCAGGAAUCGCUUCAAGCGCUUCGGCAGCGCAAAGGUGAUGAGGUCACUGUACAAGAGGCUGAACGGAGAUGGUGGCCGUGACGACGACACUCAGAGUAUGCCGGACGUCCGCGAUGUGUAUAACGGGAUGGAGGACGACCACGGAGAAGCCGAGGUUCAGCGCUACAAAGUGAUGAGGAAGAGCAAACGUCUGCUCUCUGUUCAUCCACUGGACUUCGACCCGGAAGAGUAUUUCCCGUAUUCACGGCGACCGUCCGUACAGCAGAUUCUGGAGGAUCGAGGCUACAGGAAUGAUGUGGAUUACGACAUGUACAACCACCGAGCCAACCGCAGGAAGAGUCUGGACCGAUACGCCAUGAGGCCUGACGACAAUGGAGACAGCAGGAUGGUCCGGACUCGCUCUCUGUCUAAGAUCAGCUCCUCGGUGGCUCGGCAGCAGUACGUCGACACCUCUGACGAGGACGAGUACCUGAGGGCCCCCCCAUGCACCUGCAACCCCCACCGCCGCAGGAACAGCAGAGCCUCGUCUCAGGAGAACCUGGGACAAGCCCCGCCCAUGAAUGAGCUGAACAAACGCAUGUCGGCCAUUGAGAGUCUGCUGAACCGCCUGGAGGAGAAAAUGACUCCUGCUGACGAGACGCUGACUCCGUCCGGUCAGAAUGAGGAGGAGAAGCUGAGGAGGAAGCUGAGCGAGCUGGCGGGGAACCUGAGCGAUAAGGGCCUGUCGUCGGACGAAGAGGCCGGGAAGAAGUCCUCGUCUGCGGGUAAAAGUGUGGCCGGCGUCCGGGGCGGCCCGGUGCUCCACCUGGACCCUCUGAAGGACAAAGAACUGAGCUCAUCCAGCGACGAGAUGCCCACCGAGGCUCAGAAGGUGUACAUGGCCGCCGGUCAGUCGUUCGAGCUGGAGACGAAGCUGCGACGCCUCGAGCGGAGCGCCAAGACUCGCUUCGGGGGGACGGACUCGGAGCUGUCGGAGCUGGAGGACGUGGUGGCGCUGACGGCCGCCAGAGUCCAGAGCGCCGAGAGCGAGGUGUCGGAUAUCGAGACGAAGAUCGCUGCUCUGAACGCUGGAUCCAAGAAGAAGGUUUCUGGAUCUCAUCAAAGGAAAAAAGCAACUCAAGAUUUCUCCAAGGGCAGUAACGGAGCUCAGUGGAAAUCGAACAUGUUCUGAACCUGAAACCUGAAAACAGAAAACGAUUCUUUACUUCCUGUUUUGUUUUUCUGCUCAAUCAUCAGAUUCAACUAAACUCUUCUUCGUGUGAUAAAGACAAAAUGUUUUUCUGUCUAAAUGCUACAAUUAACACAAAUUCACCGUUUAAAUUCUUUAA